AAAAUUAUUGCAAAGAUGGUUGUUUUGUCGGCAAUUGCAUUGUUGUAUUUUUCUCUAUUGGCGUCCACUGUGGCAAAUCUUAAUUAUACAAUUUUCAUCGACGAUUAUGGAACCCCACACUUGAUCGAUCUCAACGAACCUGAAUUUACACAGGCAGAACUCGAACAAAUUGACGAGUCUGCUCAAAACACCACCUUCUAUUUGUAUACUCGAAAGAACCCAGUAAUUGGACAGCAGCUAUUCAUCGAUGAUCUGGAUAGCGUAAAAAAGAGUUUUUGGAAUCCUGAUCAUCCUACUCGACUAGUCACUCAUGGAUGGAAAGGAAAUUCCGAAAAUCCCAGUUGUACUCAGAUUCGAGAUGCUUAUCUCAAUGUCGGUGAUUACAAUGUCAUUCUAAUUGAUUGGCGUGAAGCAGCCAAAUAUGACUGGUAUUGGAAAUCCGUGAGAAGCGUGCCAUUCGUGUCGCAACGCGUGGCUUCUCUGAUAGAUUUCCUCGAAAACAACGCGAAUCUUGAUCCUGGUAAAACUACAGUGAUCGGACAUUCCAUGGGAGCGCAUGUCGCCAGUCUCGGCGCUCGUUUCGCGACCAGCGAGAUUGCCGAAGUAGUCGCUACAGAUCCUGCGGGACCUGCUUUCGAAUCCAAACCACCAGGAAAAAGGGUGGACAAAUCAGACGCAGUUCUGGUACAGGUGAUACACACCUGCGCGAAAUAUGUAGGAAUGAAAUCAGCAGUCGGCACUUCUGAUUUUUAUCCCAAUGGCGGCAUACAGCAACCAGGAUGUGGUCCGAUCGACGAUUCCAAGGCAACGGGAUGUGCACACGCGAGGUCUUAUUUAUAUUACGUCGAAUCGAUUACAAACCCAACAGGUUUCCGCGCUGGAGAUGUGUUCAUGGGCGGACCAUCCCUCGAUCCGAACGCACGUGGAACGUACAUUCUACAGACUGCCAGCGAAUCACCAUUCGCGCUCGGAUAACAAUACAUUUUACACUUAUUCUUUGUAUAUAUUCCUACACUUCUUGUAUACAUUCUAUAUUAAAAUCUUUUCUUUUAAUCUAGA